AUGGUUACUUCAUUGACCCGUAUUUUUCAACGGAUGGCUUCGACGAAUCCUAGUAGUCGUUUCAUCACUUUACCAAAUCGUCCAAUUGUUCAGGCUAAUGGUGAAACUACUCAAGGUCCACUAGAACUACACUAUUGGGAAUGGAAAGGCCAUCAACCGACAAUACUCUUCUGUCAUGCUGCUUCAUUUCAUGGUCGAUGUUAUGAUCGUAUUAUAAACGAAGCAUUACACGGUUAUCAUGUGAUUUCUUUAGACUUUCGUGGUCAUGGUCGGUCACAAAAACAUCCACCUCCAUAUCGUUUUCGAUGGUUUGGUGAAGAUGUUUUACAUUUUAUCGAAACAUUAAAUCUUUCGAAGAAUAAUCUUAUUGGAAUUGGUCAUUCAAGCGGAGGGUUUGCACUAGCCUAUGCUGCAGCAACAGCAUCAAAACGAUUAUUUCAAUCAUUACUAUUACUUGAUCCAGUUGUUUUCCCUCGUACAAUUUACGAAGAUGCAGAUAGUGCUAUGUUUGAUUUAUCUUUUAUUCUUCGUCGAAAAAAUCAAUGGUCAUCCGUUGAUGAUAUGAUAUCGAGAUUAGAAAAACGUGAUACAUUUUCACGAUGGCCAAAAGAUACUCUUCGUAAUUAUUGUACUUAUGCAAUUGAUGAAGAUUAUAAACUUUUGUGUGCACCUGAAGGAGAGGCAUCGAUCUAUCAAUCAGGUAUUCAGCCCGAUUCAAAUAUUUAUCCAUUGAUUGAAAAAUCAAAAUUUAUUCACGAUAUUCCAAUACAUAUUGUACGAGCAUCAUUCGGAGAAUCGGCUAAUCCAUUCGAUUGGUCUGUAACAACACCUGAUCUUGUGAAAUCGUUUAAAAGAGGACGAGAUACACAAUUAAAAAAUAGUAGACAUCUAUUUCCAAUGGAAGAACCAGAUAUAGCAAUUGAUUUAGUACAAAACUUAAUUAAAGAAAAUAAACAAAUUUUUUCGCAUCUGUAA